AUGACCGAACUCCGCGUCUUCAAGAUCUCGGACCGAAAAUCCCAAACCUUGGACAAAUUCGACCAACCUAUUUUCACCACGAUCCACGAAAUCCACCUCUUCCACUACAACAUCACGACUAUCUACCGAGGCAGCGAGGAUGCCGGCAAUGUUCUGGCAGUCUUCAAAGGAGACAAAGUGACCUUGAACGGCAAGGAGGAGAAGCAGAAGGAGAUGAUUCACAGUAAUGGGACAGGUGGGGGACCUACCAGAACAUUCUUCACACCCCAAGGAGAGAAGAUGAAAUGGAAAUCCGUCUCGCAGCAAUGGCAGCUCGUCCCGGUCUCCAAACCCCGCCCCAUCCAACCCCUCCUCACCUACUACGCCCCCAGGAGAUCUGUGCGAAAACUAACCUCAAAUACCUGGCUCGGCCACUCGCUUAAAACCAUCCUCAAAAUCUCUCCUAACGCGUUGUCCGAGAAUUCCGGGUACGCGCUUUUGGGCAAUGGUGGUGUACCGACGCCGCUCUUAGAGCUGGCGAUGGUGGUACUGGUUAUUGUGAUGAGGAGGGAGGAAAGCGGGGGAAGAGGUGCGGAGUUUGCUGGGGGUGGUGGGCGGGGGCGGGGAUUGAGGUGA